CUCGGUGAAACGGAAGAAGGACACAUCCGCAGAUUAUUACGGAGGUUGCAUUGCUGUAAAUGCUUCAUGGCCACUGCAGAGGUCUGAUUAAACAUACAUCGGGGUUUACUGCUUCGCUGCACGGAUAGCGCUGCUGUAAUCAGUCUGGUAAUUUAUAGGCGACCCUUACUGGGCCUCAGUAAAUUAUUACUAUCUGGACUCUCGACGAGGAUGUUGUUCCAAGUGGCUCUCGGGUAGAGGUAGACGAUAACAGACAUCAGGAUUCUUGGUGAAUAGGGUGUUGAACGUUUCAUUGUCUAAUAGAUCGGGUAAAAUCUUAACCAGGAUCUUUCUGGUGUGAGAUUAGCCUACAUUAGACGUUUAUUUGUCACAACUUAAAUCGAGUUUUGAUAUUUAAAUGACGUUUGUUGCUCUGGUCUAGCUGUGACAAAGAAAUUAACUGUAGUGUAGGCUAGCUACAUAUUUACUGUCACGUUUUUUUAUUUGAAGAAACGCUCAAAAAAGAAUACCUUAAACGAUGGAUCGGGACAGAGCUAGCCAAUCCCCCUCCACGCUGCCAGAGUCCCCGGGUUGCAACUCUCCCGAUAGCGCCUUACUGCAGGGUCUGAAGAAGGUGUCUUCGUGGCUGGUCGACUGCAGGAAAACACCAGGGCAGAGUGGAACUUCGAGAGGGGGACACGAGGAGGAGGGAGAUGGAGAUUUCAUUUCAUCAAGGGAUCUCGGUGGGAGGGGCUUAUCAUCUGCGGAACUUCAACCACAUGAUACUGACGAGGCAGAGAAGAGUUUAUCCAGAUCAGAACACUUCAAGAAACACCAGCAGAGACGUAUAGGGAAGAAACCUCACUGCUGCUCUGACUGUGGGAAGAGUUUCACUAGCCGGAGUUGCUUCAUUAUCCACCAGCGGAUUCACAACGGCGAGAGACCGUACUGCUGCUCUCUGUGUGGGAAGAGGCACAUCUCUGCUGGGCGUCUUAAAGAACACCAAAGAAUCCAUACAGGAGAGAAACCUUACAGAUGCUCACAGUGUGGGAAGAGUUUUGCUCUAUCUAGCACCUUAAAAUCUCAUCUGAGAAUCCAUACAGGAGAGAAACCGUACUGCUGCUCUCUGUGUGGGAAGAGUUUUACUGUAUCUACCGCCUUAAAAUCUCACCUUAGAAUCCAUACAGGAGAGAAACCGUACUGCUGCUCUCAAUGUGGGAAGAGUUUUACUGUAUCUAGAGCCUUAAAAUCUCAUCUGAGAAUUCAUACAGGCGAGAGGCCUUACCCCUGCCUUCUUUGUGGGAAAAGCUUUGUUAGUGCAGGAAACCUAACCAUACACAAGCAGAUACACACUGGAGAGAAGCCUUAUAGCUGUGAUCAGUGUGGAAAGAGCUUUGCUCUAGCUUCUGUGCUGACUUCACACCGGCGCAUACACACUGGAAAGAAACCUUUUAGCUGUGAACAGUGUGGAAAGAGCUUUGCCGUAACUUCCUCCCUGACUAGACACCAGCGAACACACACUGGAGAGAAACCUUAUGUCUGUCUAUGUGGAAAGAGCUUUGCUCAGUUAGGGACAAUGAAAAGUCACCAGAAAACAAAAACGUGCCGUAUUUCAUCUCCCUCCUAUACGGCACCGGUUCCAGAUCCCUAAAUGAAGGAUAAAUAAAAAACCUCUAGUAAACAGUCAUAUCCAUCUCCCAUUCUUAAACAGUUGACUUAGUCUUAUCAACAUGGUAACCUCUGUGGAGCCUAAAUUUAGCUGUGAUCUAGGAUCAGGUCUCCCCUGUGUCUAUGUAAUAUCACACAUUGUGAUUUAAAUGGAUAAAUGUUAUCAUAGAAUAUGUCAUAGUAAACCUGUCUGUGUGUGUGCUCAUAAAACUAAUCAAUAAUACAUUGGAUAAUAAUAUCCAUGUGGUCAAGGCAAGAACUAUGCAUGCUGUGUCUUGUAAUAACUUUUAGAUUUGUAAUGUAAUAUCUUGUACUGCAGAAAUGGAACGUAAAUCACAGAAAAUAGAUGCUGUGGUGGCAGCUGCAGAGAAGUAUUUGGGUAUAUGAGACUUUACUUCAGAAGAGUUACAGGGUAUUUUGAGUGGUGGUGUCCUGUCCUCCCAGGCCAUUGGGAUGGUGGAGGAGCAGAUCGGGUCAAAGUAGUGGAAUGGGGUAGUGGGUUUUCAAUGAGUGUAGGUGGCAGCUGCUGAGAAGUACCUGGGUGUACAAUAUUUUACUGCAGAAGAGAUAUAAGAUGUUUUGAGAUAAAUAAAUAAAAAUAGAUAUACAAUAUACAUUGUAGAAUUAAAGUGAAGACAUCAAAACUAUGAAAUGACACAUAUGGAAUCAUGUAGUAACCAAGAAAGAGUUACACACUUUUUUAUAUUUGAGCUUCUUCAAAGAAGCCACCCUUUGCCUUGAUGACAGCUUUGCACACUCUUGGCAUUCUCUCAACCAGCUUCAUGAGGU